GUCGACUUGACAAGAUGAAAUAUCUCGUCAUGUCCUCAAGUAGAAUUAACGCUUCCGUAGGACAUAUACCUUGCUCUUGCCCAAGAAAGAAGUGUCUUAAAAAAAAUAUUAAAAAAUGAGGUGUAGGCCUAUAUGUUGAGGAAAACAAAAUAAUGGUUAAAACUCUGAAAUGGUGCAAAAGUUGCAACUAUAAGCAACUUUAUCAUAGUGUCCAGCACAUAUUAUGUAAUGUUAUAUCUAGAAACAAACAUUCCCAGUGUGUCAUGGAAUCUUUGUUUACACACGGACUACGUCUGCAAACAUGAACAACAAACCAACCUUGCCAAACCGCAUAAAUAUAUAGUACCAGUACAUCUUACAAGACAGUAAGACCGUGCGUCAUUUUUGUCUAUGGUUUCAGAAAGAUCAUUCCCUGGAAUUAAAAUGAAGUUUCUUUCCAUCACGUUGUCGAUGUUGACCUUCGUCACUGCGGUGAUCGGUGAAAGUCCUCGAGUGACGGUCAACGAAGGAACACUGGUCGGAAAGACGGUGGAAUUCAGUGAGAAUAAGUUCAUCAAUAUCACAAAGAAUGUAGAUGCAUUUCUGGGUGUACCAUUUGCCAGUCCUCCUCAACGGUUCUCUCCUCCGGGACCAAUGACGUCAUGGUCAGGUGACAGGAACGCGACCGAGUUCUCACCAGCAUGUCAACAAGCCCAAUCCCUCUAUUACCCGGUCAUGUCUGAAGACUGUCUCUAUCUCAAUGUCUACACACCAAGCCCGAAGCCGUCUGGGAUACCGGUCAUGGUGUGGAUACAUGGAGGGGCGUUUUCUUCCGGGUCAGCUAUGACGUAUGAUUACUAUGGUGUUCCAUUGGUUGCUGUAGGUGACGUCAUCGUAGUUACCAUCAACUACAGACUGGCCAUCUUUGCACAGUUUUCAACCGAGGACUUUGAAGCUCCUGGUAACUAUGGAAUGUUGGACCAGGUUGCUGCUUUGGAAUGGAUUUAUAACAACAUCGAAGCCUUUGGAGGUAAUAAGGACCGAAUCACUAUAUUUGGAGAGAGUGCUGGAGGAGCAAGCGUCAGUUUUCAUGUUCUCUCGAAACUCAGUCGAGGGUUCUUCAGUCAAGCCAUUUAUCAGAGUGGAACAGCAUUCAAUCCCUGGGCCUUCAAGCACAACCCUGCUGAAGAGACGGAGAAGGCCCAAGAGCUUGGGCGAUCGAUGGGUUGUGAUGAGGUAUCAUCUACUGCUGCUUUGGUCUCCUGCUUGAGGGACGUACAGGACCCUGUGGCACUCGCUCAAGCUGCCGAUGCGAUUUACCAGGCAGCCUAUCCCGUGACUUUGGAUGGAACCUUCUUAGAAGAUACCCCAACAAAUCUCUACAAGAUGGGAGAUUUUGCCAACAUACCAAUCAUGAUGGGAUUCAAUAAAGAUGAAGGAACGUUGUACAUUUUACAAGUUCUUCCCGAGUCCUUCGGUAGUCCGCUACCACCCUAUAUCAAUCGCACUUCCUUUGAAAAUUUCAUCCGAUAUGUCAUGAUUGCCUAUGACCGCAACGACGAGAUCGUCAAUGAUGCCGUGUUCCAGGAGUACAUUGACUGGACAAUGGCGGAUGAUAGUGCUGCUGAUUACUUCCAAUCCAUGGUUGAUUUCGGCGGUGAUUUCGACUUCGUCUGUACAUCAGAUAUGGUAAUGAGGAUGCAUACACAAGCCGGUGGUACUGUCUACAAAUAUUACAUGACACAUCGUCCUUCUGAGAGUCUUUUCAAGUAUGGUGAUGUAGUUCCCAGUAUUCCUUGGCUUGGUGCUGGGCAUGGGGAGGAGUUGACCUUUGUCUGGGGUCAUCCAUUCAUUGAAGAACUGAAAGAUAUCCAUGGACAUAACUUGACGGACGAAGAAAAAGCUUUCUCUGUAAAGCUCAUGAAAUUCUGGACAAACUUUGCCAAAUCAGGAAGUCCCAGCAAGUCAAGUAUGGACGAAGAACCUGGAGAAGGAGAGGAUUUCUGGCCUCUGUAUACGAUCCCUGAGCUCAACCACAAGGAACUAGCCCUGCAGCUAGGCGAAGGCAGAGCUGUAAGAGCCCGACAGUGCCAUUUCUGGAACGAAUACGUGACAGCACUUCAAGCGUUCUCAAGUUCGAUUGAUGAGGAUGAGAAGGAUUGGCGGGAGAGCUACGAUGAUUGGAAGGAUGAGAUGACGGAAUGGCAACAGGCAUUUGAAGAAUACAAACAGCAACCAACAUGCAACUAGACACAUUCCCUCGCAUCUUCCUUAUCUCUGGGAGAUAUAUAAAUCUAUAUGAAAUCAAUAAUUUCGAGAAGAAAAAAAAAACUCAUAAUAGAAUGACUGAUAAACCAUUAUAAGGGACUGCGUAUGCUCCUCUCCUACUAUUGUAUACCAGAGCCUUCGCUAAUAUAUAUAGUAUAGAGUCCAGUCAAUGAAAUAUAAUUUUGUAUUUUUCAUUAAAACCAAGACCAUAAACCAAAUUGUGUAAUCGUGUAUCAAAGCCAAAUUAAGCGUCUAACAUAAACUUCAAACUAACAUUUUAAUUUCCAUUGAUUAAAUAUUCUUAAAGGGAAAUCCAACCUUCAUAUUAGAACUAUUAACAAUUAGAAAAGUAAACACUUACUGUGAAAUUUUGAAUGAAAUCGGACCAAAAAUGAGAAAGCUAUGAAUUCAAUUUGGCUGAAUCAGUAUUGUCUUGUGUUGAAAUGGUGGUUAACUUUUCCAUUUGUACCAACACAUAAAAUGACUAAAAUUUUGAAAAACUGUAUGACUUAGGAGGAUCUAUUCUCUUUAAAUGACCUAUAAUGAUAUGCUAUGCUAUCCACAAUGUAUUUUGAGUAAUGCCCCAAGGGAGAAGGUACUAAGGUGAAAACCAGAAAUUAAUGAUAUUUUUAUACAC